AUGAUGUCCUCAUCCAAAUCAAUUGCCCUGGAGCAAUGCGGGAGAAACAAAGGCUACAUGGAGAAGGACCUCAGCGGCGUUCACCCACAAGGCGGCUGCUGUUUGCUGGAAGGACCGGAAAGAAUGGAAUCCGUCGUUAAUAUGAAAAGUGUCUGCAAAAACAUUUCAAAGCUGGGGGUUGAUGUUAUCCAUUCCAGAGAUGCUGGGAGGUAAACCCAUAUUGGCUUUAGUGCUUUCCGGAUAAACUACAGGAAGAUUUGUGUUGUAGGCCACAGCAGGCUGAGGAAGAUUCAUUGUGGGUUCCUAUUUUAAAAAUUAUGCCCUCCGCACACCUUUAGAAGCAUGAAAUGAUCACAAAUUAUUUAGGUCAGGGUCUCUUUAAGUGCUGAAAUCAUAAAUACCAUAACAAGUAACUAUUUUAGGAAUAUUAGAAUUUGGCUUAGAAAGUGCUGAUGAGAGGUGCUUCUUAAGUCAACCAGCGGAAGAUGUUUUCUCCAGUGCAAAACAUGCAUGCUGUACAUACUGCAAAAAAGCAAAUGUCCUAGUUGAUCAUCCCAACUUACUAAUAAAUGGUGUAAAUUGUGGCAGGGGUAUCGUUACACACAAAUCCAGUUAUCUCCAGAUAUCAUAUCCAUCAGGAUUGUUUAGGACUUUAGCCUAAUCUUUGUUAAUAACCUGUAAUACAAGUAUACUUAAAAGGGACACUAUAGUCACCAGAACAACUACAGCUUAUUGAAUUUGUUCUGGUGAGUAGAAUCAUUACCUUCAGGCUUUUUGCUGUAAACACUGUCUUUUCAAAGAAAAUGCAGUGUUUAUAUUACAGCCUAGUUAUAACUUCACUGGCCACUCCUCAGAUAGCUGUUAGAGAUCCUUCCUGGGUCAUGGCUGCUUAAAAUGCAUCCAAACAUUCAGUAUCUCCUCCCUCUGCAUGCAGACACUGAACCUUCCUCUUAGAGCUUCAUUGAUUCAAUUCAUCUCUAUGAGGAGAUGCUGAUUGACCAGGGCUGUGUUUGAAUUGUGCUGGCUCUGCCCCUGAUCUGCCUCUUUGUCAGUCUCAGCCAAUCCUAUGGAGAAGCAUUGUGAUUGGAUCAGGCUACCACUUCUGAUGAUGUCAGGUAAAAAAGAAACAGGGACAAAGCAAGCAGCUCCAGAUUUGAAUACAAGUAACAUUUUACUAUAUUUAGGGAGGCAUGAGGGGACCAGGGUGGCUAGAUGGUGGUUUUAACCCUAUUGGGGUAAGGAAUACAUGUUUGUGUUCCUGACCCUAUAGUGCUCCUUUAAAGGAACAUUCAAGACCCCUAAAGCCCUUUUGCUUUUUAAUAGAAGUUUGCACAUUUAUAAAUUAAACUUGUUACAUCCCUCCCCCCCCCCACCACCCACAAUUUUUGGAUAUACCCCAAUGAAAAAAAAUUACAAUUAAAUGCAUUGCAUGUUUUCAUUGGAAAUAUCUACUAAAUAGCGAUAUUUAUACGGGCAGUGGAAUGUCCCUUUAAUCAGCUGUAGCCCAGCUACUUAACUCUCAAGCCAGAAGAUAAAUGUUAAAGGACCUCAAUGAACUGGUCAAUGCAGUGGCCCUUUAGUUUUAACCCAUUAUUGUUAAAAUGGCAAUGUCUACAUUAAAGGUUUAAACACGCCUCUAGUGGCAGUCUUCCUGACAGCCACUAGAGGCGCUCCCACCUCCAUAGCACAGUAAGACGUGUUUUUUCAAUCAAAUGCUCUUGAUAGCAGAAUUUGAUUACAGAUGUGCCGUGUUUUAUUGCAUGCAUCCUCGCCCCUAGUGCGUCUCUAUAAGAAGCAUUGAAUUGGACGAGAUCGCAGGUGAUGUCAGCAGGGAUGAAGGCUGCAGCACAGGAGUCUUAGUGCUGGGUGGGUGGGGGAAGUAAGUAAGCAAAAGGAGGGGUGGGGGGUGGGGGGGUUGACAGUGACAGAAUGCAUUAAGGAAAGCCUUUAGUUCCUCCCCCAGCCCCCAAAAAUGUAUUGUUUUUAUCCAGGACUGUAGGAUCCAUUUUAAUGGGUAAACCCAUUAAAAUUGUCAAUAUACUACAAGGUAACACACUUAGGAAGUUGAUCAGCAAAUAUGAUGGCUACUUAACUUUUGCAGAUUAGCCUGUACCUUUAUCUACCAUAAGUUUCCCCGACAAACGGAGAGAGCCAAUACUAAGUUACAAUUAUAUGCAAACGACAACCACAACGAUUACUUUUUUCUUAUAUUAAAUUGUAAUUUAAUAGGCCUCUAUAUUAGCUCGAAAGUGACCGUAUAACUGUCGAAUUACCCGAUCAUUGAUGUACAUCCUAGAAGGGGGUAAUUAAAAAUUUUUUUUUAAAACACCUCGAUAGACGGCAGGUGCCAGUAGAUUCAUUAAAUGGCGGAGCACACAUUGUCCUUGCCUUGUCUUUGUUGUUUACUCUUUGUGUUUUAUUUUCUCGGCAAACUUUGCAAUGUUCCCACAAUGUUGAACAUGUUGGCUUCUGCGUAAGCCUGAAAGUUGAUGUACACUUGCUGAUUCUAUUGAGUAAAAAUAAAGAAUUUAAAAAAAAAAAAAAAAUUGUCAAUAUACUAAAGCCUACAGAUUUCCAAUGAUAAUAGGUUUACAUAUUCAGCAUGACAGUGUUUUAUUGUGCAGCAUUCUCAAGCCAUCACUUUAUUGUAGGAUGAACAAGAAACACAGGUAGUACGAUUUUUAAUAAUCAGCAGAAACAUACAAUUGGUUACUAUGGUUAUUUCGCAAAAUUUUUUGCACUUUAUCUUUGCAUUGCACCAGUUUUACUGUAUAAAUGAGGUUGAUCAGCCACAAAAUUAAAACCACUGACAGAUGAAGUGAAUAACAUUUAUUAUAUUGUUACAAUGGCAUCUGGCAAGGGGUGGAAUAUAUUAGGUAGCAAGUGAACAGUCUGUUCUUAAAUUUAAUGUGUUGUUAGCAGGAAGGAAGGUUAUGUGUCUUUAAAAAAGUUGAUUGGCACAAAUAGAUGACCAAAAAUACUUUAACAGACGAAGGCGCGUUUCACAGCGCCGAAACACGUGUUAGGCAGGCAGAAGACAGGGAGAUCAGUUAGUUCCGCUGUUAUCUUAUAUCUCAGUUAUAUCCAGAUUUGGAGGGAUUUUUUUGGCGGUGUGGUUGGGUGUUUAGAAUUUUUUCAAUGAGACUUUAGCCAUUCCAAGGGAGUGGGGCUCAUUCUCUGGCGUUUGUGUGGGUGGUCCUUCAUUUGAAGAGUUUUUCAGGCGAGGUUACUGUGUACCUCUAUGUCUACAAUUAUAUCGAUAUCCUCCACAUUUAGAUACUUUUUGCAUCGUGAGUCAGAUACUUUGUAGAAGUGUAUCCAUCUAGAGUCUCCUUAAUAGCAGCACCAGCCUUUACUAUAUCACCAGACUGUUAUGGAAGGAUAGAAUGUAAUAGGGGGGGUUUCUUCUAAUCUGCAUAAGUCAUACCUAUUUACAUGACUACAGAGUUAGUAGCCAUUUGCCCAUAAGGUAUCUCUUUAUACCCCCUGCAUUACUCUCCAGCUAUUAUUUAUUUUUCAUUCAGUCUCUCUCUGGUCUCCCUAUUUUCUCAAACUUUUUAAAUCUAUUUCUUGACUAUCUAUAUGGAUGUUCUUAAAUUUUCUUAUUAAAAGUUAUGUUUAUAUACAUAUAAUUUCAUUAGGGGGCUUCCUAUUCUGACCCUGUGGGUCUCACUCAUUUUCUAUAUAUAUAAAAGAACACAAAUAUUAAAUAUCCAUAACGCGUUUCGUCAAAAAAGACUUUUUCAAAUGGAUUUAUGCAUGUGCAUUGCUUACCUGUGGAAAAGAUGGCUGCGGGACACACUACAGGAAGAAAGACGGCCGUCAUAGACAGUGUUAUGCUCUGGUCAAUGUUCUGCUGCUGGGGAACCUUGGGUCCUGGCAAUCGUGUAAUUGUUACUUUGACAUGUAACAACUAACUAGAGAGUGUAGCAGUCCAUGUACACCCCUUCAUGGAAGUAGUGUUCCCUAAUGGCAUAUUAUGUUGUGGCUGAUUCAUGUAUAAUAAUGUUGAGUAAAAGUAAAGAAACUUCUGAAAGUGCAGCAAACCGGAAGAACAGGCCAUUGGUUUCCAUGAAGGUGCCUCAGCGUACUGUUGCACUUUUUUAUUAUACAUAAUCCAUACACUAUCACUAGCCCCCUGGUAUCUUUUCAUAGAUUGGGGUGAGAUAAGAGAAACAUUAAUAAAUUAAUCAUAAGCAUAAUAUGCAAAUUGUUUCACCAAUUUAGGUUUUUAAACUGGGGAAAUAAAACCCAUACAGCACUGCAGAAAAAAAACUAGACUUAAAACAAUCUGACAAGGUUUGUUUUGUACUGAAAAUUGCAAAGAAUUUACAGUAAAAGUAAUGAAAAAGGCAAAAUACAAUUUAACCUGUGUAUCUUUCAUCUUUUUAGGUAUCUUUGUGACUAUACCUAUUACAUGUCGUACCACGGACAGGGAAGAGCAGUAUUUAUCCAUUGCCACCAUUAUCUACAACCUGGACAGUGCAGAAACCGGCUCAAUCAUGGCAUCUGAUUAUUCAAGAGAUGCUAAGACAUCUUGCUUUGGAAACUUCCACCUCACAGAGAUCCUGAUUUAA